AUGCCCGCCCCCGCUCAAGUCCUGACUGGAUGGCACUGUGCCAACCUGCCACCGCCAUCCCUCUCAUUUACUGAAGAUGAUGAACUGGAACUUGCAUUGGCUCUCUCUCUACUGGAAAUGAAAGAUCACCAGCUGUCAACCCCCAGCCAACAGUCCCGACUACAGCAACCUGGAGACAGACCGAAUCAGAGAUGCUCUGUUCAACUGAAUUCUGUAUCUCAGCCUCAGGGAAGCAGCCACGCCCAGCUAGCAGAUGUAGAAAACACAAACUCACCACAAACUGGAGCCUGGGUCAAGGCGGGCCCACCACAGACAACCCAAGAAACUGAGCCUCAGAAAAGCACAUAUGUUGACAAAUAUAAAAGUGAGACACUAGGGACAAGUCAGACUGUUUGUGUCUCCAGACUGUCUGGCUUAUUUUCCAAGCAAGACACGGUUGAAGAAGGUGACCAAAUGAUGGAUGAGGGAGAUUUGAAUCAAACAGAGAAACUAAAGCGCUCUAAGAAGAGGCGACAGCGGCGUAAAGGUGCUGGCCAGCAGGUUGUAGGUUUGCCGUGUUCUCCAUCAGCACCCCAACACGAAAAUAGGGAGGAAAAAAAAAAAAAAAAAAAAAAAAAAAAAAAAAUUCUUUAAUUGAAAAAAGGAGGGGGGGCACACCUCUCCCCUCUCUUUUUCUGGGGGGCGGAGGAAGAAGAGGGAACUGGGGCCAAAGUGGUUUGGGGGGGUGUGUGUAAAUACUGGCUUCAUCAAGCAUUGUCUUGUUUCUCCUCAUCUCUGGAGAGCAUUGGCAGCCAUCUUGUCUUCCUCAAGGCAAAUGGAUGUUCUCUGCGUACCCUUAAGGCGCUAGUAAAGGAGACAGGGGCGAGAACGGUCUUGGCUACCGCCCUCUAUGAGCCCUGGCUGAAGGACAGGGAUGAUGUGGUGGUGUCAGCCCUUCAGAAAAAUGGUGUUGAAUGCAGGAUGAUCCACUCGUACUGUCUCAGAGACCCUUACUCUGUCAGCACGGAGGGUGUGGGACUCAGAGGAAUAGGUUCAGUGUCUCACUUCAUGAGCUGCUGUAGACAGAACCCAGGGUCUGCGUUAGGGUUUCCCCUGGACCCUCCCAGAUCUCUCCCCACACCUACUCAGUGGCCUCAGGGUGUCGCUUUGGGCACGUUAGGCCUGGCACGCAUGCCCCGCAGGAAGGAUGGCACAACGAUUGACUGGGCGGCUAACAUCCGUAAAUCAUGGGAUUUCAGUGAGGAAGGAGCAUGUGCACAGCUAGAGGCUUUUCUCAAUGAUGGUGUGUAUAGAUAUGAAAAAGAGUCAGGCAGGGCGGAUGCCCCAAAUACCAGCUGUCUGUCUCCCUACCUUCACUUUGGCCAGCUCAGCCCACGCUGGCUAUUGUGGGAUGCCAAAGAGGCACGGUGUCGACCCCCAAAGUUCCAACGCAAACUGGCGUGGAGAGAUUUGGCUUACUGGCAGCUGACAUUGUUUCCUGACCUCCCCUGGGAAUCCCUCAGACCUCCAUAUAAGGCUCUGCGGUGGAGCAGUGAUCUUGGCCACCUGAAGGCCUGGCAGCAAGGGCGAACAGGCUACCCACUGGUGGACGCAGCCAUGAGGCAGCUGUGGCUGACAGGCUGGAUGAACAACUACAUGAGACAUGUGGUGGCGUCUUUUCUUAUAGCAUAUCUCUAUCUGCCCUGGCAAGAAGGCUAUCGCUGGUUCCAGGACACCCUAGUGGAUGCAGAUGUUGCCAUAGAUGCUAUGAUGUGGCAGAAUGGGGGCAUGUGUGGUCUGGAUCACUGGAACUUUGUCAUGCACCCCGUUGAUGCAGCAAUGACCUGUGACCCCUACGGCAACUAUGUUAGGAAAUGGUGUCCUGAACUUGCAGAUCUACCUGAUGAGCUUAUUCACAAACCCUGGAAAUGUCCUGCGUCCAUGCUUCGACGUGUUGGUGUGGUGUUUGGUCAGACAUAUCCUGAGCGAAUAGUUACAGACCUGGAGGAGCGGAGGAGUCGUUCCCUGCAAGAUGUAGCUCUGGUGCGGAAAGAGUAUAGACGGUAUGUGGACAAGUGCACAGGGUGUGACUUGGUGCCUCUGCCUCCACGCCUAGUCUCUGAAUCUCUGGGCUUAUCACACAUGGAUGGUGGUGUGGUGACAGAAGGGAAGCAGUUCCUAUUGCCUGUUAUCACCCGCAUGGAGUUCAAACACCAGCUAAAAGAUCCAGAUGCCCCCUCAAAUCCCUACAAUGCUGUUCUAAAAGGAUACGUGAGCCGCAAGAGGGAUGACACCAUUGCUUUCCUUAAUGAGAGAGACUUUACUGCAAGUGUGAUGUACGAGGGAGUUCAGAGAAAGGAGAGGCUGGAGAGGGAUUAUCGCAGAAUUGAGGGACUCCCUCAGCCUCCUGCACCUCAGGGCAGGGCCAGACGAACUCCAACAUCCAAGGACAGGUUUUCUAUAGUACCUGGUGGGGCGGUCUCCUCACUCAGGUGAACCAGAGAUCAAGACUGAAGGUUUACAGGUUGUAAGUUACUAGACUGUUUCUAGCUGUAAAAUGCACAAGUACAAAAUGUUACAAAACAAUGGUCUUUUAAGGGAAAGAAUGACACUGUGGAUAGAGUGAGAAACCUGCGUUUGUCUUGUGACCAGUAUGCCAGAGUUGCAAAAUGCUUUACAUCAAGUAUGCAGUAUAAUCUCAGGUAUUACUGUAUACCAUUGCCUGGGUCUAGACCUUUGAAUCCACCCACUCCAGAGUUAAAUGAUGAAUAUGUAAACAGUGUAACUAGUUGAUAAUUCUGUCUUGAUAUCAGGCAAAUUAUACCAGCCUAGGUGAAAAACAUUGAUCUGGAGCGAAAUAUUUGAUGCCAAGGCAGCUUCCUUUCUUAAAAGGCUCAGUCUGCAUUUUUGAACACAGACAACUGAGGUAAUUUGGUGUAUCUUAGCAGGUCAUUUUAAAAAUAGAUUUGUAUUUGUAUGUGUUUACAAACUGAUGUAAACAGCAGCAAUUUAUCAAACUACUUACGUCAAGAUGGAGAUUGUAUUAGGCUCCAAUCUGCUGUUUUUAAAGUGUGUGUGUGUGUGUGUUAAAGUGAUGCAAAUGACAAAAUAUACAAAUAGCAUUUAUAUUAGGUGAUGCCCUGAUUAAGUGUCAAGCAUAUUACCUGUUCAAUACCUGUGUAAUAGCAAAUAUCUUGUUAAGUCACAUGAUUGCUGGCAGCAUUCAACUGGGUGGCUGUUUGUACUGACUGUACUGACCUGGCAGCCACAUUCUGCGUUGUGGUGAGCCCUGCACAAGUUGAAGGAGUUGAUGGGAUUACAUUUUACUGGAAUUGUACCUCAUACGAUUUCAUGUGACAAAUUGAGUAAAACAUGCAGACAUUUAAAAAAAAA